CUGCUGCUGCUGCUGCUGGCUCCUCAUCCAAGCAGGCUUCACGCUCACUCACUCAGCCGCAGUCAGGCUGACAACAAGCUUCUCCAGUAGAAGAAGGGAAAAAGAAAAGGAAGACGAGUCGCGUUUCAAUCUCCCCACUGCGGAGGGUGGAAGUCAAAAGAUAUGUUUGACAUGUCAAGCUAGCUUCUUUUUUUUUUUUUGGGGAGACGAGACAGACGGCAUUUGGCGUGGUGGAACGUUUUAAAACACACAAGCCGGUGAGUAAACAAUGAAUGUCAACGUGUUGUUUCUGUGUACCAGAAGAUGGGAAAAAGUUUUUACAAGCGCCUUUUAGCUGGAGAGUGCACCUCGCCCUUUGCCAGCUGAGCCACCAGCUUCCAAGAUGUCCGCCAAAGCCACCAUCAACAAGGAAGUCUUCGUUCCCCACGACGAGAAGAUGUUGGCAGCUGUGCAGGUGAAACGGAAGACCAAGAAGAAGAUUCCCUUCUUGGCUACUGGCGGUCAGGGAGACUACUUGACAUUCAUCUGCCUCUCAGUGACGAAUAAGAAGCCAGCUCACGUCACCAUCACCAAAGUGAAACAGUUUCAAGGAACGUCGGCCUUUGUCAAACGCUCCCAGUGGACUAUCGAUCAACUACGGCAGGUCAACGGCAUUGAUUCCAACAAAGACUCUCCUGAGUUUGACCUAACGUUUGACAACGCCUUUGACCAGUGGGUCGCCGGUUCUGCGGGAGAGAAGUCCACCUUUGUCCAGAUUCUUCACCACACCUGCCAGCGUUACAUCCCGAUGCGAAAACCGGAAUUUGUCAACUGUCAGUCUAAACUUCUGGGAGAAGCCCAAGCGGUAGAUUCAGUCUUUGUCCGUUGCAAAGUGUUUAUGAACAGAGUGAGGAAAGAUCUGGUCGCUCGCCAUAGUCAUCUCCCACGACGAGGCAACAGUAUCCUCCACUCGGCCGCGGACAGCGUGACGAGCGCCGUGCAGAAGGCCAGUCAGGCUCUGAACGAGCGAGGCGAGCGACUGGGCAGGGCCGAGGAGAGGACGGCCGACAUGAUGAACAGCGCUGAGCAGUUUGCCGUCACUGCGCACAAGCUUGCCAUGAAGCACAAGUGUUAAAACAACCACUGCCAAAACCAUCUUGUCUUUAGGAGUGUAUUGGAGGGUCUUAUUAUCGCCAAUCACCGCUCGCCGUCCAGGUCUCUGGAGUUUUGUUGCUUUUGAAAGAGACGUUAUAACAUUUUAGUAUUGAAGAAGACGGAGAAGAGCUAAACGUGUUGACUCGAAGGCAAACGACGUGCUUCAGUUAUCGGCCUCAUCUUUUUUCACACUGACAAGCAAUGACUCAAGGAUGUGGACCAUAUUCAAUGAUGAUUUUAUUUGUUAUUUAUGAGUGUUCUAGUGGGUGGUCGACACGCACACACAAACCGACAUUUCCUUUUUAAAGCCAAUCCUGUCUCAUCAUUAAUAAUGAGAUGACGCCCUGGGGCGAAAGUUUAAAUGAAUAAUCAUAUCCGUGAUAUAAACAGAGAACAUCUGCUCGCCUCAGCUUUGUGAUCGAUAAAUUAACAAGUGUUCACCGGAGACUUCCUUUGGCCAGCUUCAGAGUUGAAUGUUGUUGUUAAUCCAUACAAAACAAGUUAAAAAAAAAAAAAAAAAAAAGGCACAUUCAGUGGAAUCGCAGUCUAACAGUCUGAUUCAAAACUAAAUUUACGAUUAAAAGUGUACAAAUAAUGUAUCUGUGUUUUUACAUGAUUGUUUUUUUAACAUGAGCUGCCCAAAUCCUACAAAUGACGACUUUGACAUUCCACUGUAGAUCACACACACACAAUAAAUAGUCCACAAACGAUAAGCCAGACUGAAAAUAUUUAUUCCCAUUUGUUUUGUUUUCUGCCAGACGGUCCUGCACUUGAAGAACAAUAUACUGUACUCUUAUGUGUAUUUGAGAGUUUUUCUGUUUGCGGGAGGCCCCAUGUGCCGCUUAAGCUCUACGUGGUGAAAAGCCAAAUGUUGUCUUCUUUGGUCAGUGUUGUACAGCUGGUGACGCCAUUCAACGCUUUUUAUUUUUUACUCGAAAGUGCUCUAACGUGUCAGCUGCUUCUGUAAAAGUGGUCAAAAAAUGAUUUCACUGACUUCUGAUGUAAAUGAUUUCAAAUAUAUUUUUUAUUUGACAUUUUAACACACAUUCUCAGCAAAGAUUGUCAGUGUGCUUUCCUCUGUCUAAUGGAUGUUUAUUGUUUUAAUAAUAAAAAGAACGAUGUUUAAUUCA